CCUCCGCGGCGGCGGCGGAGGCUCAGCAUCGGGCCGGGGCCGGGGGGGCGCCGGGGCCGGGGGGCGGCGCUCCGGCCCGGCCCGGCCCCGCCCGAUGCCCAUGAGCGCGAACACCAUGAUCUUCAUGAUUCUGGGGGCGUCGAUCGUGAUGGCCAUCGCGUGCUUGAUGGACAUGAACGCGCUGCUGGACCGGUUCCACAACUACAUCCUCCCGCACCUGCGGGGCGAAGACCGCGUCUGCCACUGCAACUGUGGUCGGCACCACAUCCACUACGUGAUCCCAUACGACGGGGACCAGUCGGUGGUGGACGCUUCGGAGAACUACUUUGUGACGGACAAUGUGACCAAGCAGGAGAUCGAUCUCAUGCUGGGGCUGCUGCUGGGCUUCUGCAUCAGCUGGUUCCUGGUGUGGAUGGACGGCGUCCUGCACUGCGCCGUACGGGCCUGGAGGGCCGGCCGGCGCUACGACGGCUCGUGGACCUGGCUGCCGAGGCUGUGCAGCCUGCGGGAGUUGGGCCGGAGGCCACACAGGCCGUUCGAGGAGCCUGCAGGGAACAUGGUGCACGUGAAGCAGAAGCUUUACCACAACGGCCACCCCAGCCCGCGGCACCUGUGAGCCGCGCACGGGACUCGUGGGGCCACUGUGCAGAUGCAAAAGGGACCUCGUGGACACCCAACUGGCAAGACGGGACUGCGGCCGUGAGCCCAGUGUGUCCUGGGCGGUGGCCAGCUGGGCGGUGGCCAGUGGGCAAGUCCAGUGGAAGGUGCUGUCUCCUCUUCUUUUUAUAAAGGGGGUCGGGUGGGGGCUGGGGUGGGGCUGGGCCGGCCCCAGGCCUCCGGGGCGGCCGCCUGACGUUGUGGUGGGCAGGACGCCGUGGCAGGCUGCUCAGGGGUCCUCGGCAGGGACGGGCCCGGCCUGGCGCGCGCCAGCCUGCGGUCUCAUCUGACAGAACGCUGUUUCCUGUGCAUCCGGAAGGGAGCGGCACCAGGGUCUGUGCCCAUCUGCACACGGGAGCAUGUGCAUGGGGCAGGGGCGUGGGGGCAGGAGGGGGGGCGUGGAGGGGCGGGCCCUCGGCAGCAGGAAGGACCCGGUGGCCCCGGGCGUCCCAGCCUCACUGUGAAGCCC